AACCCAUUAUUGCAUUUCCAUUGGAGAGGAAAGUAAGUAACCGAAGUGAAAGGAUUUGAGAGAAAAGAAGGGAAAGACUCUGAUAGAAAAAUGGAGAAAGCAAUCAACAGACAACAAGUUUUGCUUAAUCAUUUACAACCCUCUUCUCAAUCUCAUCAAUCAUCUGCUGCUAUUCUGUUUCCUUCAAACUGCGCGGCGGGGGAUAGCGCUGCCUAUCACCGGACGGCUGCUUUUGGGGAUGAUGUUGUGAUUGUUGCGGCAUGUCGCACUGCAAUUUGCAAAGCAAAGCGUGGAGGCUUCAAAGAUACACUUGCAGAUGAUUUGCUUGCCCCUGUUUUAAGGGCUGUGAUUGAUAGAACAAAGCUGAACCCAAGUGAAGUGGGGGAUAUAGUUGUUGGUACAGUGUUGGCACCUGGUUCACAAAGAGCAAUGGAGUGUAGGAUGGCAGCAUUCUAUGCUGGUUUCCCUGAUACGGUGCCUAUUAGAACUGUCAACAGGCAAUGUUCAUCGGGCCUGCAAGCAGUUGCCGAUGUUGCUGCUUGCAUAAAAGCAGGAUUUUAUGAUAUUGGCAUUGGUGCUGGACUUGAGAGCAUGACAACUAAUGGUAGUGCUCCUGAUCAAAGCAAGGUUAACCCGAAGGUAAAGAGCUUUGCCCAAGCCCGGGAUUGUCUUCUUCCUAUGGGCAUUACUUCUGAAAAUGUCGCACAACGCUAUGGUGUGACACGUCAAGAGCAAGACCAGGCUGCCGUCGAAUCUCAUAGACGUGCUGCUGCUGCAACAGCAUCUGGUAAAUUCAAAGAAGAAAUUGUCCCUGUAUCCACGAAGAUUGUGGAUCCUAAAACUGGAGAAGAGAAGGCAGUCACAAUUUCGGUGGAUGAUGGUAUCCGCCCAGACACAAACACGGCCGGUCUAGCCAAGUUAAAGCCUGCAUUUAAGAAGGAUGGAACCACAACUGCUGGAAAUGCUAGCCAAGUGAGUGAUGGUGCAGGAGCGGUCCUACUUAUGAAGCGAAGUUUGGCGCUGCAAAAAGGACUUCCAAUCCUUGGUGUUUUCAGAAGCUUUGCUGCUGUUGGUGUAGAUCCUGCUGUGAUGGGCAUCGGUCCUGCUGUUGCUAUACCAGCUGCAGUCAAGUCUGCAGGUCUUGAGAUUGAUGAUAUAGACUUGUUUGAGAUCAAUGAGGCAUUUGCAUCUCAGUUCGUAUACUCUUGUAAGAAACUGGGGCUUGAUCGUGAAAAGGUCAAUGUUAAUGGAGGUGCAAUAGCCCUUGGGCAUCCUUUGGGUGUUACAGGUGCUCGCUGUGUUGGAACUCUGUUGUACGAGAUGAAGCGUCGUGGGAAGGACUGUCGGUUUGGAGUGAUCUCAAUGUGCAUAGGAACUGGAAUGGGGGCAGCAGCUGUUUUUGAAAGGGGAGACUGUGUUGAUGAACUCUGCAAUGCUCGAGCUGUCAAAAACUAAGGACCUUAUAUCAAAGGAUGCUCCAUAGAUAUGCUUGUUGCUACCUUACAAUUUGUAUUAAAUAUAUGACUUUCCAUUUUCCCAUGAUUGGAUAGUUGUUUGUGAGUUGUCAAAGCUUUCAUAUUGAAAAAUCAAAAUAAAGUUUACAAGUUAUUUGAAUA